AUGCGUCUACAAUUUCUGACUUUAGGUGUCUUAGCAGUGACUUCCGAAGUAUUUGCUGAUGAACAUGAUCAUAGUCAAGAUAAUAAUAACAACAAUGAACACAAAGCUAGUUUAAUAGGUUUCCCUGACAGUAGAAACAAUGAUCACUUUUGGGAUAAACACCAUGAAGGUAACCAUGAAAGGGAUCAUGAAAAAGACCACGAUAGAAAUCAUGAUGGUGAUCAUGACAAGGAUCAUGAUGGGAACCAUAAUAAGGACACUAAUGGAGAACAUGACAGAGACCAUGAUAGGAACCACGAUAAUGAACAUGACAAGGAUCACAAUAAGGAUCAUGGCAGAGACCAUAACAGGAAUCAGGACAGGGACCAUGACAGAGACCAUGAUAAGGACCAUGACAAGGAUCACAAUAAGGACCAUGACAGGAACCACGAUAAUGAACAUGACAAGGACCAUGACAGGAUUCACGACAGGGACCAUGACAAGGAUCACAAUAAGGAUCAUGACAAAGACCAUGAUAAGGACCAUGACAGGGACCAUGACAGAGAUCAUAACAGGGACCAUGACAAGGACCAUGACAGGAAUCACGACAGGGACCAUGACAAGGAUCACAAUAAGGAUCAUGACAAAGACCAUGAUAAGGACCAUGACAGGGACCAUGACAGGGAUCAUGACAAAGACCAUGAUAAGGACCAUGAUAGGAAUCACGACAGGGACCAUGACAAGGAUCACAAUAAGGAUCAUGACAAAGACCAUGAUAAGGAUCAUGACAGGGAUCAUAACAGAGAUCACGAUAGGGAUCACAAUAGAAAUAAUGAUGGGGAGCAUCGCAAAGACCAUGACAAAGACUAUAACAAAGAUAAUGAUAGGAAUAAUGAAAGGGACCAUGACAGGGAUCAUGACAAUGACCAUAACAAGGAUCAUAAUAAGGACCAUGAGAGAGAUCACGAUAUGGAUCAUGACAGAGCUCACGAUAUGGAUCAUGACAGAGCUCAUGAUAUGGAUCAUGACAGAGCUCACGAUAUGGAUCAUGACAGAGCUCACGAUAUGGAUCAUGACAGAGACCAAAACAAGGAAUAUAAUCGAGAUCACAAUGAAGGACUUAAUAGAGACUAUAACAGGGAUCCAGAGAGAGAUGCAAAACAUUGGGAACAUAAAACAAAACAUCAUUCAAGUAUCCAUCAUUCGUCCUCUCUUCAACCAAUUUCAACAAACUGUCCAUCUUCUUCACAUCAUUCAUCCUCUUCACACCAUAUGUCUUCUUCUUCUCUAAAGCCAACUUCAACUCAUCAUUCUUCAAAAUCUAAAUCUAAAUCUAAAUCACAACACCAAUCAACUUCAUUUCUUUCUUCUUCUUUGAAACCAACUAGUAUAAUCAGUUUAAGUUCAUCACAUGAAAAGUCAGCAACAGUUUUCCCAAAUACAACAAUAACUACACAUAUUAUAUCAACAAUCACCAAAUGUGUUUCUAAUAAUUGUUCCACACAAUUAACAACCAUAAUUCAGCCUGUGACUGUUACAAGCGAAGUUACUAAAUUAACGAUACUGACCAAAUGUCAAGAAAACAUUUGUUCUACUAUUGUGACAUCUUGCCCAACAACAGAAACAACUACUAUAGUUCCACCACCAACAGAAGUAACUACAAAUAUUGUGGUAUCACCAACUACUGCUGCCACUACUGUGUCUCCGGAAACAUCAUUAGUCACUACUACCAAAACUACACCUGUAGUAUCACCAGUGACUCCUGCUAUAAUUUCUCCAGUAACCUCAGUAGCCACUCCUCCUACAAAUGUUGUUGUUAAUACUAUUCCAAACAUAGUAUCUUCCGCAGCUAUCCCUUCAACAAAUACGGUUCCAGUUUCCAUUAAAUUUAGUACUACCUCACCAAUUAUUUCACCAACUACAGGUGUUGUCACACAACCUGCAUCCAUGACUAAGGUCCUUACCGCACCUACACAAACCACCGAAAUACAAUCACCAAGUCCAUCUCUUUCUCCUUUCAAAGGUUCAGCCAAAAAAUUAACAACUAAUAAUCUUUUAGUGGCUGCUGCUAUGGCUUUGCUAGUAUGA